GGAUGAUCACAUAGAUCUCCCAACCCGCCGCCCAUCUUUGGCUCAAACAAAGCACAUCAUUCAGUGUCGACUGCUCGGAAAUCAUUGUUAAGGCAUAUUACAGGCAAACAAUGCUGCCGCCGGCCUUAAAUAUCCCCAAAUGGCUAGAAGCCAACGCGCACCUCCUCCAGCCCCCAGUAAAUAACUACUGCGUGUAUCAUCCGUCAUCACCCGCCACCGCCGGAUAUACGGUAAUGAUCGUGGGAGGGCCCAACGCCCGCACGGACUACCACAUCAAUACCACCCCGGAAUUCUUCUACCAGUACCGAGGAUCCAUGCUGCUGAAGACGGUGGACACCUCGGUAACACCGCCUGUGUUCCAGGAUAUUCCGAUCCACGAAGGUUCCAUCUUUCUGCUGCCGGCGAACACUCCCCAUUGUCCGGUGCGGUUUCAGGACACGGUGGGGGUGGUGAUGGAACAACCCCGGGCCAAGGACGCGGUGGACAGCAUGCGCUGGUACUGUAAGGCUUGCAGUGAGAUUGUUUGGGAGAAGAAAUUCAUCUGCACGGAUCUUGGAACCCAGGUGAAGGACGUCGUUAACGAGUUCGCUGCGGAUGAGGAGAAACGGACCUGCAAAGCAUGUGGGACUAUUGCGCAGACCAAGUUUGCUGAGGGUGAGAUCGUACAGCCUCCUCGACACCCAGAGUGAGUCUCGGUCGGAUAAAGUGGAAACGAUACCCAGUUUGGUGCCAUGGUGAUGUACUGUACUAUAAUAUUCGUUGGAAAACUCCCAGCUAAAAGUGUGACGUUGGCGAUUACGAACAAUGCGCCAGGGAGCCUCUCCCGUAUCUAGG